AUGAACGAGUGUCUUUUCGUUAACUUUUUUGGUGCUAUAGAGCCAAAGAAACCAUAUGAGGAAUUGCAAGAUCCAGAUUGGAUUAAAACUAUGCAAGAUGAACUUCGAGAGUUUGAAAGAAACCAAGUUUGGAGACUUGUACCUAGACCUAAAGAUAAAUCUAUUAUUGGUAUAAAAUGGGUCUUCUUAAACAAGAAAGACGAAACGGGAAUUGUUGUGAGAAAUAAAGUCCGAUUGGUUGCAAAAGGGUACUGUCAACAAGAACGCAUUGAUUAUGACGAAACUUUUGCUCCAAUGGCUCGCAUUGAAUCUAUUAAAAUAUUUUUGGUGUUUGCGGCUCACAAGAACAUCAGAUAUAUCAAAUGGAUGUCAAAUCUGCAUUUCUAA